AGAUUACAAUUUGCCAGAAUGACUGUCAAACGACGCAACCACGGAAGAAACAAGCACGGCCGAGGCCACGUCAAGCGCGUGCGGUGCGUGUCCACCGGCAAGGCCAUCCCGAAAGACAAGGCCAUCAAGCGCUUUAUUGUGCGCAAUAUUGUCGACGCGAGCUCACUUCGAGAUAUCAAAGAAGCCAGUGCGUACCAAGAAUACCAGCUGCCCAAGUUGUACCUGAAAAUGUACUACUGUGUGGAAGCAGCCGUCCAUCAGCGCAUUGUCCGUGGUCGCUCUCGUGAAAAUCGUCGCAUUCGAACCCCGCCGCCCCGUUUCCAGCGUAAAUAGGAACUAGAAACAUCCUUUUUCU